UCAGGAAGCGGGUAAUGGCGGCGUAAACAACCACAGAUCUGUGCAGGAUUGUCAAACCGCGGCUGAAAGUAAAAAAUAAAGCUACAACUAAACGGAAUAUGUUUUCGGCACUACCAGGAUUACUACUGGGUGUGCAAACCAAUAAACCCUCGUUAAGUGACUACUUGAUGGUGUUUUGGCUAACUUUUAGCCAACUCUGCUAACUAAACAGAAAAGCCUGGUUUGCAGAGAUGGACUGCGUCGUGACGGGAGGCAACGUCAAAGUGCUGGCCAAAGCCAUCCACUCUCUGUCCAGGAUCGGUGAUGAGCUCUAUGUGGAGCCUCAGGAAGAUGGGCUGGCUCUGCGGUCUGUGAACUCCUCUCGGUCGGCAUAUGCUUGCUUCCUGUUCGCACCACUCUUCUUCAGCAGGUAUACCAUCCCCAUUGGGCUCGCCUUCCGCUGCAAGAUGGCAAUUAAGAGUGUGCAGGCCGUAUUCAGGUCUAUUGCCACGUUGGAGAAGACCGUGGAAAAGUGUCACAUUGAGCUGGACGAGCAGAAGAACCUCCUCACCUUCACCCUGCACUGCAAACACGGCCUCGUGAAGACACAUAACCUGUCUUUCCAGGACAGUGAAAGCUUACAGGCAGUGUUCGAUAAAGACAGCUACUCCAAUGUAUUCAGAUCCCAUCCAAGGCUGCUGGUGGACACAGUCGUGCACUUUCCCCCGUCUCUGGAAGAAGUGACCGUGUCAGUGAGUGAUGAUCGCAUGUGGGUCAAAAACCAUGUGGAGGACGAAACAGACCGGUCCAAGGCCAUGCUGACGGAGCUGUGUCUGGCUUCAGACGAGUUUGACCAUUUUUCCGUCCAAGUUCAAAACAGCGUCACCUUUUGUCUAAAGGAGUUACGGGGUUUGUUAGUGUUUGCAGAGUCAACUGGUCUCCCAAUUUCUAUGUACUUUGAUGAACCUGGCAGCCCUGUAGUGCUUUCGGUAACAGACAGUGUCCUGGAGGGGAAUUUUGUGCUGGCAACGCUUUCUGAUGACUCCAACCUACGUAAAAACAACACUAAACGAGCGUGCACACCUCCACCGCCUCCUGAUGACUUCAUGAAUGACGACAUGGACUCCUACCUCAUCGCCAUGGAUACCAGUGUAAUGCCAGGUCCCUCAGCUUCACGUCCACCCUCACCCCCGUUAACUAAUUCCACAAGUUUAAAACAGACUGCUGCAGCCAAUCACAGGACAAGGCUUCCCAGUGAGGAAGAGGAGGAGAAGGAAGACGAAGAAGAAGCAGUCGAUUCAAGCGGACCCCCAAACAAGAAGUUCUGUUCCUUGUUCUUCGGCUCGGUUCUUCCCCCCUCCUCUGAGAUGACCACUCAGCCGCUGACAGGUCAGGAAGUGUUGGCCAGUGACAGUGAGGAUGACGUACUAUAGAGCCACACUGGACCGAUGGAAAAGAGACGAAGAGGAAAGAGACGGACUUUUAAUUUAACCCACAAACCACCUGCAGCGCUUGAAACAAAAUGGAAACCAUGAACCUUUAUUUGCUAUUUUCUACUUGGAUUUCUUUUGUGCAAAAAUAUGCAAAGACUAACAAACUAUAACGUUAAUGGUGGACUUCAAAUUAGAGGAUUAUGUGACAAUGAACAUGAAGCACUUCUCAGUUUGGUUUUUUUCAUUCAAUGUCUGUUUUAUUUGUGAUCAAAGUGCAACAAAGAGCUCCUCUAAAUAAAAUAAUCAUAUUUUUGAA